GUUGUGAGGCGCAUGUGUAAAUAGAGAGCGGUGUUUGAAAAGUGUUGAGGGAACAUGGCGUAACUAUGCGCAUUUCGCGCCAGAUGCUGCGUUCGAGGGCGGGGGUGUCGCCGAAGCUGGCAGAAUGGUUGGACUUGUCGGAUCUGGGAAUAGUCCUGCUGGAGAAGUUGAACAUGUGUCCACGGCUGCAGGCCCUGCUGCUGAGAGGGAACCACAUCGAGACAGUCCAGGGUCUGGAACCCUGCGCAAACAUCUGGUACCUUGACCUCAGCAACAACGGGGUGCGAUUUCUGGACGGUUUGUCGCGGUUCGUUGCCAUGGGAACCCUGAUCCUGUCGAACAACGACCUGACCUGGGAGGAGCUCGGCAAGAUCCGCCAGCUCCACAUCCUGGAACUCUAUCUCCAUGGCAACCAACAGAUGGAGAAGGACACCUACUACCGUAUCCAUGUAAUCGACUGCCUGCCUCAUGUGUGGAUGCUAGAUGGGAGACUCGUCACAUCUGCUGAGAGACUGCAGGUGACUCAGUUCUUCCAGGACUCUGCCCUGACAGAUCAUCCUGUGGUGAGGAACACUUUCUCUUCUUUAAAUUUCUUCUAUUAA